CACACGCCCCGGCCCCGCUCCGCUCCACCCCACACCGUCCCAGGGACAAGCUGGGCCGGGAUCAUGGCGCUUGAGCGCGUUGCCGGCUUGGGCCUGCACUUGGCGGCGCUGCUCUGGUACCUGGCGGCCGUCCAUCAGAAUUUGCAGGUCACCUCCGGCGGCCGGCACCUCGGUGUCAGCUCUUACGGAGGCCACUGGAAAUACCUCACCUUCAUCAACAUGGUUCUACAGACCAGUUUUUUUGGAAUGUGUGUCCUCACAGAUCUCCUGAGGCUUCUUCCUCAGCCUGGUAAAAGAAUGCAGCGCAUCACCUGCCACAUGACUGUCCUACAGGACUGGAUCUUCUCGGCUCUGGCAUUCCCCGUGGGCUUUUUUGUCGUCAUGAGUUUCUGGUUGAUUUACGCCUAUGACCGUGAGCUCGUUUACCCGAAGUUUCUUGACCAAAUAAUCCCAAGGUGGCUGAACCAUGCCAUGCACACACUGGUUCUGCUGCUAUUGAUGGUGGAGCUAAUCACUGUGCCGCAUCACUGUCCCAAUCGCAAGGGAGGCAUUGCUGUUCUUGUUAUGUUCUGUAGCUGCUACCUACUGUGGGUGCUGUGGAUUCACCACAUAGCAGCCAUCUGGGUGUACCCCAUUCUGGAGGUGCUGAGUCCGUUUGCCAUGGGAGUCUUUCUCACCAUUGCUGUCCUUAUAACUGUCUCACUAUAUAUUGUGGGGGAGAAACUGCAUCACUGGAGAUGGGGUUCCGUGGGGUCGAUGAACAAGCUGGACUGAACAGCUCAGAAUUCAGAAUCUGAGGAUGGCAGAUAUCCGGGUGAUUGCUGCCAUCUCACUGAACAAUUACAAGACGGGCUGACAUUAGCCUGAUACUUCUCUCUUUCUGUCAUAUUUUAUUUGAUCUAGAAAAGAUGGAAUUCCAUUAGCACUUCCUGUGGUGACGUUGGUCUCCAACUACUGACUUGUUCUCUGCAACAGUCAGCGAGGUAAUACCUGGUGCCACUAGAAUCAGGGAUGAGGCACGGAUACCGGUUAUUGCCUUUAGUGAUACCCCCAUCCUCUGACCUAGCCUUUAUAGUUGGUGUUUAACUCUGGCAAGAAGGACGUGGUAGACUAUAUUCCAUUUCAUGGGGGAGUGAGAGGGCCCAGUUCUUCAUAUUCCGCAUUCUGAACUAUCCAUAAUCUCACAGAAGGAUGAUCUUCAGCCACUCUGCACCCUAAACUCUAUCGCAUGCUGUGCACUGACCACUGGUGGACCUGAGCCUCAUGUCACAGCUAACUCCUGACCCAUUGACGUCAUGCACUGACUCAACCUGGGACCCUUGUGUACUAUCACGUAUCCACACGAAGUAGCAGCUGAUCUUCUUAAUGUAAUUUUAACGUGGGUUUUAAUCUAGUCUUUGUUAAUAAACAGAAAAUAUCUGCUCCACAA